AUGGAGUUGCUGAAACGAAACGGUGCUUGUUUUAGUUGCCUGAAAAGUGGACAUCUAUCAAAAAGAUGUAAUAAUAGAAAGCCCUGUGAAAUCACAGAUUUUCGUCAACAAAAAUGCGGCAGAUUUCAUCAUCCAUUCUUACAUGGGGCGAUAGUGAACGCGAGCGCACAUCAUCACAGUGUAAACAUUGUUAACGAAGAGCAGGGAAAGAAGGGAGUCAUUCUCAUGAUCAGCAAAAUAGAGAGUGGUAAUAUCCCAUUGACCACCCUAUGGGAUCCUGGUGCUAAUAUUUCUCUUUUAACUUUUGAAUCAGCUAGGAAGCUUGGACUCAAGGGGCGUGAAGUGACAUUAUCAGUGACGAAGGUGGGAAACACAUCUGAGUGUAUUCAAAGCAAAGAAUACUUACUGCCACUGACAGACAUGUAUGGGAUUAAAGAGGGAGAUAUAGUGAGACCAGAAGGAAAAGUGGACCUGCUUAUAGGAGCUGAUUGCUGCAUCUUAUUGCCUGAGAAAAUUGAUCAAAUUGGAAAUCUUCAAUUGAUGCGAAAUCAAUUUGGACACUGCAUUAGAGGAAGUCACGCCAAGUUACGAGUACCUGUUACAACGGAGUCAAAUCUUGUGUGCAUUCAUCAUACUUCUGGAAGGAUAAUCGAACCAAUACGGUUAAACCAUGAAAGCCUUAAGAAUGCUGUUGACAAUUUUUUCGACAUAGAAAGUCUGGGAACGCAUUGUGUACCAAAGUGUGGAAGUUGCAGGUGCGGGAAGUGUCCACCUGGAAAUGGAAGCUACACGUUAAAGGAAGAACAAGAGUUACAUUUUAUAAAGGAGGGACUUCAGUACGAUGAAGCGGGCAAGAACUGGACUACUACGUACCCAUGGAUUAAGGAUCCAAAGUCUCUCCCAAACAAUAUCAAUGCAGCGGUAUGUCGGUUGAAAUGCACGGAAAGGCGCUUAGAAAAGGCGGGACAAGAGUACAGUGAAGCAUAUGGUGACCAGAUUGCGGAUAUGGUGCAGACAAGCGUUGCAAGAAAAUUAACGGCUGAAGAGAUGCAAACUUAUGCAGGACCUAUCCACUACAUUCCACACCAUGAAGUCUUAAAACCAAAUUCCAAGACUACACCAGUGCGGAUCGUAUUCGAUUCAUCGUCCUCGUAUAUGGGUCAUGUUUUGAAUGAAUACUGGGCAAAGGGGCCAAAUGUUCUGAACGACCUUUUAGGAGUUAUUAUCAGAUUUAGGCAAAGAAAAAUUGCAAUUGCUGGAGAUAUCACGAAGAUGUACAACGCAAUCAAACUGUCGGAAAGAGAUCAGCAUACACACAGAUUUGUAUGGAGGGACUUGCAGAUAGACAGACCACCUGAUCAUUAUGUCUUAAUGUCAGUCACAUUUGGAGAUAGACCCAGCGGAGCAAUCUCUACCAUGGCCUUGCGAAUGACAGCAGAAAUGAAUCAGGAAGAAUAUCCAAAGGCAGCUAAAUUUGUUAUCAAAAACAGUUAUGUGGAUGACUUACUCACUACAGUGAAUACUGUUUGUGAAGCCAAGGAAAUAAUUCUGAACACUGAAAGACUUUUAAGCUGCGGAGGAUUUCAUGUAAAACAUUGGAUUGUUUCUGGUGAUCAAGAUGACCACUUUGCAGGAUUGAAUGUGUUAUGUGCCGAGCAGGAAAACAUUCUUGGAAUGAUUUGGUUACCCAAAGAUGAUGUUUGGAUGUUCAAGGCAAAACUGAACUUUUCGCCAAAAAGACGUGGAAAGCAUACAGAGGAUGAUAUCGAGGAUGGACAAUUACAUCUUAUUCCGGACAGUCUAACUCGCAGGAUGGUUCUAAGUCAAGUUGCAGGCAUAUAUGAUCCUCUUGGACUGGUUGCUCCAUAUGUAUUGUCUGCAAAAAUUCUCAUGAGGACCAUGUGUCCCAAAGAAAAUCAGAUUGGAUGGGAUGAGCCUAUGAGUGAAGAUAUGAGGGCCAAGUGGGUUCAGUUCUUUACAGGACUUUAUGAUUUGCAGAAUUUAACAUUCAAAAGAUGCCUUAUGCCGGAGAAUACAGAAGGUGAUCCAAUGCUUGUUAUAUUUUCGGAUGGAAGUCAGCAAGCCUACGGUGCAUGUGCCUAUAUCAGAUGGCAUACCAAAGAUGACAAAUACGCAUCGAGCCUAGUGAUAGCAAAGAAUCGAAUUGCACCAGCAAAGCAGUUGUCUACCCCUCGUCUUGAACUCUGUGGAGCAGUGCUUGCGUCUAGGCUGCGUCAAAAACUAGUAACAGAAAUGAAUUUCAAAUUCAGUAAGAUUGUGCAUAUUGUCGACUCCAUGAUUGUAAGAGCGCAAAUACAGCGAGAGAGUUAUGGCUUUGGGACAUUUGUGGCAACACGUGUUGCUGAAAUACAAAGCACAUCUGAUCCCACUGAGUGGUGGUGGAUUCAAGGAGAUCAGAACCCUGCCGACAUGACUACAUGGGUUGCAGUAGCAAGUGCUUUAGGGACUGACUCUAAGUGGCAAAACGGGCCAGAUUUUCUGAGAACUCCAUUUGAAUUUUGGCCAAUAAGUCAAGAAAAUACCAUAGACAGCGAUCAGAUACCUGAUAUUAUUGGGGUGACAAUGUCAAUCACUUCUGAGAAUCGUUCUUCCAAUGGAUGCGCUGUUAUAGACAUAGAGCGGUUUGCCAGUCUGAAGAAGCUUCUUCGAGUCACCAGCAUGGUUUUAGCCAUUGUGAAAUGGAAAACAUUUAGAGGUAUUUGUAGCAAGAUCACUUCAGGGACAUCUGUUGAAGCAGAAAGGAGUUGGGUUAAGCACGCACAGGAAAAGUUACCAGAUGAUUGCAUGAAGAAGUUUCAAAGACUUGGGCCAUUCAUCAAUCAAGAUGGGGUUGUUUGCGUUGGACAACGCAUAGCUGAAUGGAUCAAACAAUCAUGGAACCAGAGAGAAUUCUUUUUGCUGCCAAGAAAGGGUCGGUUUACGGAGUUAGUUGUGCGCAGUGUUCAUGGUGAAGAUCAUGCAAGAUUGGAGGUGACGUUAGCAAAAAUCAGAAGCAGAUAUUGGAUUCCCGGAGUUCGAAAAAUCAUAAGACGAGUCAAGGAUAACUGUGUUGUGUGCAGAAAGCGGGAUAAAGUAACAAUACAACAACAGACGGGUGUUUUACCUUCAUUCCGACUGAAUCCAGCACCUCCAUUUUAUAAUUGUGCCGUUGAUAUGUUUGGACCAUAUACCAUACGUGACACAGUCAAAAGACGAACACAUGGAAAGGCAUAUGGGGUAUUGUUUAAUUGCCUAUAUUGCAGGGGUGUGUACAUCGAUUUGGCGGAAGGUUACGACACAGGAAGUUUCCUUGUUGUAUUCAGGAGAUUUGUAUCACUUCGUGGCAAUCCAAAGCGAAUGAUUUCUGAUGCAGGCACACAGCUAGUAGCUGCAGGCAAGGAAUUGGAUAAGUUUGAAGUAGAAUGGAAUGUCAUCAAAUCUGCGGACGCUCCAUGGGAGAAUGGUUGUAGUGAAUCCUUAAUCAAGUCUGUGAAGCGAUGUCUGCAAAUUGCUGUUGGGGAUUCAAUUUUAACGUUUUCAGAGUUGCAAACUGUGUUGUUUGAAGCUGCGAAUUUAAUAAAUGAGAGACCUAUCGGGACCAAGGUGUGUGACCCAAACGAAGGAACGUACUUAUGCCCGAAUGAUUUACUGUUAGGGAGAUCCACUGUUCGGGUUCCUCAGAUGCAAAUGGAAGAACGUUGCAAUCCACGAUUGAGAUGGAAAUUCAUUCAACAGCUGGUUGAUACCUUUUGGAAAAGAUGGAUUAGAGAUUACUUUCCCACUCUUAUUGUGAGACAGAAGUGGCAUACAAUCAGGAGAAAUCUGAAGCAGGGUGAUCUUGUGUUAGUCCAGGAUACAAAUCUAAUUCGUGGAAAGUGGAAACUUGCUCAAAUUGCCGAGGCAGAGCCUGGAACAGACGGAAAGGUACGAGACGUCACAGUGCGAUACAAGAACGUGGGACCAGGUGCAAAGUAUGACGGGUGUACUGACACUGUCAUUCGCAGAUCUGUUCAUAGACUUGUAGUUAUACUACCAGUGGAUGAAUGUGAUUAG